AGAAGCUGAAUUGAGCAGAUUUAUCAGAUCAAUUCUGAGCCGUAAGCGAAGAAACUGUCAAUUCUCAAAGUGAACCUUUACAAACCUCCCAGCAUGCAUCUCCAGCUGAGCAUUGCCGUGGUCGUGGUUCUACUUGCAACAAGCUGUGUGGGCGGAAAAGUUGGGGAAUACACGACCUCAGCCGGCCACAUGAAGAAUCUCUUGAAACACGCUCACUUGGAGUCUCACGGUUUCACACGGAAGGACGUGAUGGAGAGCAGACAAGUUCCCGGGUGUAAGGAACCGGUUGAUCAGGUCAAGUCUGUGUACUACAAGUCGGUGCAGUGUCACAAGGCCGCCGAGGUUGAAAAGCAGCUAAAUCGGCUGAUGAAGGGAGUCUUCGGGAAGAAAACGAACACCCAGGUGGCGCGUAAGACAAGUGCUCUUGGAAGAGGAGAGAUCUGUGAAGUAGGAAUGGAGGUCGACUUUAACAGCAAGACGACAUGCCAACCCGAGACCCCCAAGCGCGCGGAGGCAAAAGGAACCGCUACCUCUCGUCUCAUAAUCAUUAUUAUCUUUGGGUGAAAAUUAUUAUUAAUAAAGUGUGGAGAAUCAACUCCAUUUAACACAUUGA